AUGGAGUUCCUGGGGACCACGCAGGUAUCCAGUUACUGUGGCAGAAAGAAGAACUGCCUGUUCCCAGAUAUAGUCCCCAGCACCACCACCCACGACACCUAUCAGUCCUAUUACCUACCAGGCUACCGUCACCUCUGCUCCUGGAAGCCCAGUCUGCUUCGCAAAGUGGUUUCUGUCCCUUCCAGCCCUGAGAAACAACUGAGCUGCAGCGGGCGGCCACUCACGGUGCUGCCUGAGCUGCGUUCUGCCCUGCACGCCCGCUACAGCACGCGUGACUGGCACCAUGCAAACAUGGUUCAGCUAAAAGGCUCUGAGACCUCCAGGUACUGUGCUGGGAGAAUGAACGCUGAUUCGAUGAGACUGAUGCAAGAUAAGGAUCAACUGACUCACCAGAUGCAAGAAGACAGUAAAAGAAACCUAAAAGAGAGGAUGUGCAACAUUGAUUUCUGGAGAUCUGAGCUCACCUAUGAGCUUGAGUGUCUGCUGAAAGAGACCCAAGCCUUGGAAACAGCAAAGAGGCGGCUUGAGUGUGCUAUAGAAGAACUGCAAGAACCACUGAGGGUAGCCCUAGAGUGCUUGUACCACCGUGAGAACAGGAAGGGUAUAGAUUUAGUUCAUGAUGAUGUGGAAAAGAAUCUCAUAAAGGAGGUUGAUGUACUGAAGGACUGUCAAGAUAUAUUGUCUAAACUUGCAGAGAAAAUCACUCAACAGUUGGGCAUCAACAGAGAUGCCCAGCAUGCCCUGGAGCAGGAUCUUUCAGACAAAAACUCAGCCCAUUUUAUUGAUGAGAAGUGCUUUAACCUGAAAAAUUCAUCAGACAGCAUCAGAUUUUACCAUGGAAUUGAAAAAGCAGAUGCGACUGUCUCAGUCCCUGCAACAUGGGCUAAAUUUAGUGACGACAACAUCAGGUGCUCUCAGCAUGCAAGGGCCAACUCUGUCAAGCUCCGGGACGAUACAGAGGUUGCACUGGAGAGGACAUCUGAGGAGAUGUGGAAUCAGAUCAUCAGCACCAACUUGGCCUUUAAUAAACGUCUUGCUGAAGUAGCUGAUGUGAGGAACAAACUCCAAGCUCAACUGGCCAAGACACUUCAGGAAAUCUUCCAGACAGAAGAUACAAUUGCCUUACUGGAGAGAUCCAUAAAGGCAAAGGAGUAUCCCCUGAAAGUGGCUCAGACCCGCUUGGAGGGAAGAACUAAACGACCCAAUAUAGAACUUUGCCGUGAUGCUCCUCAGUUUCAGCUUGUGACUGAAGUUUACACUAUAGAUGACACUUUACAGAGCCUAAAGCAACGUCUGCAAGAAGCCCAUGAUACUCUGCAUAUGCUGGUCCUCAACAAAUCAAAGCUGGAACACGACAUCUCUGUGAAGACAAACUCCUUCUUCAUUGACAGGAAGUGCAUGGACAUGCGCAGAGUCUUCCCCAGCACCCCACGGCUCAUUGGCUACACCUAA